UGAAGCACCACCUGAGUGUUAUUCUGGGUUGAACGCCGGUACGGGAACACACAUGGUUUAAAGCCCCUUCAUGUAUUUCCUCCUUAUCAAGAUCAACAACCUGCACAAACAUUUGGAGAGGGAAGAGGUUGGAAAGGACAGGAAAGGAGAGGAAAGCCCGUGGAAUCCACCGACGAUUGGGCGGCCUGGAGCCGGGGAAUGAACCAUUCAGGGACACGACACAACACAGAGGCAAGCUGCACGCCCAGGGUGACUGACGGCCUGGCUAUUAUGUGCUGAAAAUACAUGAGGGAGAAGAAGGGCUGGCACACAAAGGGAAUAACUCUGCAUAUCGUGCCGCCGGUAGUUUACCAGAGAUGCAGCCCCGUUACUGAACCAGGGAGCCUCUCCGCGCUGCUUACGGGAGGAGGCGACGCAUCCCACCGAAGGUUCUUCCGCGAGGCUACGAUGGAAAGCGGCCCCGUCAUGGCCAAGGUGGGCAGGUCGAUAUUCUACUACAGCGAACCCGAAAUAUCGGACGGCUCUCGCGCCAACUCGGCGGAGUCGCUAUGCUCCGAUGACUCGAGUUUAUCAGCGAACGAGCCCGUGGUAGCGGGCGUCAGCACGGGAAGCCUCCCCUGUCGCGGGCACCACGGUAGGGAGAGGUUUAUCGCCGUACCCGGCCCAGACGGGGUCACCUUAGCUCAACUCACUCACUCAGGCUUCCUCAAAGCCUUCCCUCAAAAUCCGCUUAGCCGCAGAGGCUCGGAGGAUAUGCUGAGCAAAGAUAAAGACUCUGACACGGAAUCUUGCAACAGCGGUGGAGUAGCGCCUCCCAGUAAACGUACUAGCAUUCCCAGGCGGUCGUCUACCGGGUCGUACGAGAUGUCCACGGCUCGCAGAAAACUGGUGGCGGCACGACAGAAGCUGGGACGUAAGGCGACAGGAUCGUUCCGAAGCACUGCGGAUAAGACAUCGCAGAGUGACGACGACAGCAGUCGGUCAUCCAGUAUAAGACGCGCCAAACACGGAGACCUGAAGAGAUCGCUGAGUCCUCAGCUGGGCAGGUACAUCAAGAGUUACCUGCUGCGGCAGGGCAGUCCUAAACACGCGCUUCUGAGAGCCAGUCAUAUACAUGCUACGUCUGAAGCUGACGUGAAACCACCCAUGAACCAGAGAAGACUCGUGGCGCUACGGAGGGACCCGAUCAUUGGAUAUGGCUUUCAACUACAGUCCUUCAGUUUCCAUACGGAAUGUGGAAGUCUGCAGUACGCUACUUACGUCAACAAGGUCAUUCCGGACGGGCCAGGGCACGUGGGAGGGCUUCAACCUGGUGACGUGAUAAUGGAGGUAGACAACACGAAUGUGGAGCGGGAGGGGGCCAAGUCCAUAACGGAGAUGAUCAGGAGAACCGGCCCGUCGGUCAGGCUCACCGUGGUGUUCAUGGACGCCGUGCGCCGCGUCAGGCUGCAGAGGAGGCUGGAGGAACUCAAGUCUGACCUGUGCACCAAGAAGCUGGAGCUGAUGGACCUGGUGGAGAAGGAACGGGAGCUGACGGGUAAACUCAGUCCAGGGAGCCAACACGGAAGCCCAACGAAAGACCUCAGUCCGGCGAAAUCCCCUGCUGGUCAGGGGUUUACGAGAGAAAGCCAUGUGGAGAGGUCGCCAAACAGAACACCCAAAUCCCCUAGCAGAUCCUCUCAGGGUUCGAGCGACCUUUCACCCGACUAUGUGGAAAUCACGGGCAGCCAGGAUGACGUGUUCAGCAGCAGCGGCCAUCUUUCAUCCGGGGUACCGGGCUCGUCCGCUACCCUGCCUCCAUCCGGGAGAUCAGCCAUGGCAGGGUCGUCCGGGCGGCCUCGCAGAGUGUCGUCUGACCGAGAUUCUGUUUACGGGGAAGAACUGAAGCAACUCAAGGCUGUGUUGCAGCAUUUCGAGUCGCUCCAGCGGUAUAAGGAAGAGAAAAUUGCGUCCAACAGUUACGGAGACGCGAAGGAGAAUCCGCACAGCGGUACGUGGCCGCGGCAACAGUCGCCCGCCAGUCGACACCGUUUGUCUCACGAGAGAAAGCGAGACCCGUCGCCCAAUCACACGGACUCUCCCACGACUACGUCAUCCUACGACCGGAGACGUCACCACUCGCGUAGGGGCAGUUUAGAAUCGGGAACCAGCGGGGAGAACUCUGUAGUAGCCGUUUCCGCACCAGAGUCUCCGCAAGGCAGACUUUCCCGCCAAAAUAGUCUAGAAAAAGAGAAGGAACUGGAAGGACACCUCCACGCAUUGAGAAGAAAACACAAGUCCGGCCGCCUCAGUGCCAAGUCCAGCGAUGAAGUUUACGUAUAAUAUUAGUUGUACGUAGACUUCAUCUUCUUGUAAAUAAACAAUGUUAGGUCUAUAGAAAGGUAAACCCCUCCAUUCAUCAACGAUCAAAAGCCAUCAAUUGUACAAGGCCCACCGACUCUUCAGGCUAUAGUGGAAAAUUCGUAGACCCUUCUGUACAAAAAAUGUCACUUUAGAAUACCGUUGUCGUAUUUAUACCAGAAUUUUGGAUAUCGAUGAAAUGUUUGGCUGCCAAGACAUGUAAUACCUCUACUGUGGACAAAAUGCAGACAGAAAAGGCUUCAAUGGAACUGGAAACUUGUGCAAGAAUAAGGCUUAGCACAUGUGCUUUUCUGUUAUACUUCCCGUAUGAACGAUGUUUCAAACCCUGAAACUUCUGUUACUAGUACUUCAUUUCAUACGAACGAAAGCCUAUGUUUCUAUAUCUAAAACGGUCUGACACAAAAGUAAAACACCAUUACAAAAAUGAGAAAAUAGAUAAAAGGAGAACAAGAGGUGGAAUUUCCUUUUUUUAUUUGGGCGUCACAGUUUGUUCAUUUUCCUAGAAAAUGUUUAACUUAUUCGUCCGACUUGGAUCACACGAACAGAUAGUUAUAACUUUGAUUUAAAAACAUGAACUAAAACAGUAAAAUAAACGGAACAAGAUUAUUUGGGAGAAGUAAGUGUGCACUUAACAGUAAAUCUUGGGUCGUACAAGUCUUGUUUAAUAGAGAAAUAUUAACUUAUCUGUGAUAUUGAACUUUCUCUACGUUCAUCAUUGAAUGUGCCCCCUCCCCCUUGAGAACUUUACAUUGCCUUUUCAACGUCAUUACAUGACCAGAAAAAAAUAGUGAUUGAUGUAAACAAUUCAGUUUUCUUCCUUUUGUAUGGACUCCUCUCGCUUCCUUGUACAUUAUUGUUAAAAUUAUUUGCAAAUGUGAACGCUAAACUGAUGUAUUAUAUUAUAUUAUUGUUUGUUCGUUCAUUGUGUUCGCAGUUGCUUAUUUAUUAUUACUGGAUAUGAAAAGUGUAAUAAAGGCUGGUUCCUUGUGUAAAUA